UUAGACGCAACCUAUAUGACUGUGGAAUUUGUUAUUGGUGUGGGUUUGGGUGUGUUGCAUGGGAAUACUAGAAAUCAUCCUUAUAUCAAGCCCCAUGAAGUUGAUAGUGCCCAAACAGUUAAGAGUGAUAUUGAGAAUAUGGUGCAUUCUGCCCCUGGAAUCGCAACCACUCAUCAAUCGGCUGAGAUUCAUGCCAGCAUGUUAGAGCAAGCCAUUGAGCAGAUGAGAAGAGGGAAGGAAGUAAAGAUUGAUCCUGAUAAGAUGGAAUUUAUGACAAAAGACACGAUUGCCAAGCCUGAGAUUGAGUUAAGUCUGGAGAUGGAAUAACUUUUGAAGCAAGGUGAAAAGCUUACACCUCAGCAAAAGAAAGGUCAACACUAUCGAUUGAACAUGAUCCUUUGUCUCCUCGAGUUCCAGAGUAUGAACACAGAUUCACCGAAUUAGAACAAAGAUUUGCUCAUGAGCCAGAAAUAAAAGAGAAUCUCAUCAAAGAUAUUGAGCUUUCCAAAAUGGAUAUUUUUAGUGCGGCUCUCAAUUGUUUAUUUGGAGUAUCCUGUAUGAGGGAAGAAUGUAUUACUGCUGUUCGGAAAGCAGUGGGUGAAAUCAAGUUGAGUGAUGCGGAUAUUUCCAAUAUUGAAGCCCAUUACUGCUAAUUUUUCUCGGAUUUCUCUAAAUGAACAUAUCAAAAAAGG